AUGCCUCAGGGUGCCCAAAUAAUUGGCCCCACAAACCCUUUAAGAAUAUCAUUUAAUAUGGUACAAAAACGGCCUCUCGAUGAUGAGCAAAUAUUUGUUUCUUUCAAGCACCCAAGACAAGUGGGGCACAGUAAAGAGCUAGUUUCUUUUUCAGAAUCUGUUUUUCCUGAAGAUGUGCAGACUUUAGAGAAUGGAUGGGCAAAAGACAAUGAUAAAGGUGAAGAGAAGCUUUCUGAUGACAUAUUUUCUGAUCUUCGUAAAGGUGGUGAGGAUGUUGAAACCAGUGCACCUGGAAGCUUCACCAUCUCCUCAUGGACCACAAGCAGUACCAGUGAAGAAGAUUCUCUGUUGGAAGCACCAUUUCAUGGAUCCUUCCCGGACUGCUUCAAUCCUGAACGUCCAAUAAGGACAUUGGCUCAAUCUGAGGAUAUUUAUUCUUUUCUUUUGGAUCAUCCUCCUCGGAAGUCUGUCUCCAUUGGACCAGAGCAUCAAGCUGAUGUUCCACUGUGGGGUGCACAGAGAACCAAUAAUAAUUCAAAUAAUUUAGAUACAUCUGAAGCAGUUUCAAACUCUGACCUUGAGGAUGAGAAACGACUGAUGGGGACCUGUGUUAUUCCAAUGCCUGAUUCUGAUUCAUCUGCCGACACUAGUUGCAUAGUUGGAAUUGGUAGAACUGAUUGCAGCUGUGAAGAUGAGGAUUCUGUUAGAUGUGUCAGGCAGCACAUUUUGGAAGCAAGAGAAAAACUUAUAAAGACAAUCGGGCCAAAGAGAUUUGAGGAGCUAGGAUUUAGUGACAUGGGAGAGCAAGUCGCACAAAGAUGGAGUGAAGAGGAGGAACAAUUAUUCCACCAGGUUGUCUUCUCAAAUCCAGCAUCAUUGGGCAAGAAUUUCUGGGACAAUCUUUCAACCGUCUUUCCCUCCCGGACAAAAAAGGAGAUUGUCAGUUACUAUUUCAAUGUCUUUAUGCUUGUGAAAAGGGCUGGGCAGAACAGGUAUGACCCAAUAAAUGUCGAUAGUGACAAUGAUGAAUGGCAGGGCAGUAAUGAUUAUGGUGACAAUCAACUAGCAGUUACAGAGGAUGAGGACUCAGUGGUUGAGUCUCCCAUAUGUCAAAAUGUUCCUGGUUAUUAUCAAAGUUGGAAGGAUAAUUUGCAAGAGUACGAUGAGGAAGUUGUGGAUGAUACUUGUGAUGAUAAUGUCAAUGUGGAUAUGUUUGGUGGGGGAACCAAGCAAAUUUUAGAUAGAUGCUAUGGGCUGGUUGACAACUGCAGUACCUGUCCCAUAGCUCAGCUUCAGGAUAAGAUUUCUUGGGAUGAAAAGGGAGAUCAAGAAGUCCAAGAUGAUUCAUGCACGUCCUUUGAUGCAGCGGCUGCUUCACAAGAGAAUCAGCUGAAGUCUGAGGAGGGGAAUCAUUGGUCGGGUGGUUUCAAUGGAUCUAGCAAUCGAGGUGACCAUGAAUAUGUCUUGGAGCCUUGUGAUACGAAAAUCUGGGAUGCUGGAUAUAUGACUUGCCCUGAGAAUAAGGUUGACUUCUUGCCAACUUGCAACAUGAUUGAAGAGGUUUUCGGGAAAGAGUCUUGGAAUUACAAAGCAAGGGAUGGUAAAAACUUGGGCUAG